AUGCUGGAAUACACAGAUAUGGCAUGUUUAGAGAAUUUCUUCUCUUUUGGACAGUGUGGUACUAUUUUCGACCACGACAAGAUUAAGUUGCAUUUGUCCCUUUCGCUGCGUCGAACUAGAGACUACGGACUCACUGGACAACAAACUGGUGGUGGUGGGCAACAUGGAGGAGGUGGUUGGCAGCACACAGGCAGUCGAGGACAGCAUGGAACUGGAGGUGGCGGAGGACAACACGGUAACGCAGCUGCAGUAUGGGUGUUCAGCGGAAUUCCUUCAUUCCGGAGCGAUUUUAAAAAAAUGGCCUACGUAAGCAACAUGGCUGCACUGGAGCACAACAAGGAAGUGCUGGAGGAGCGGCACAUGGGCAUGCAGAAGCACCAUAGGCAACCUGCUGUGAUCGAAGUACUGCUGAGAAUGGCGGUGGUGUCAGCUGGUAAACGGAAUCCUGCUUCGGCUGCACUGGUGCCGCUACUCUAG